AGUGAAGCAAGUGUAAAUUCUACUUGUAAAGGAAUUCAUCGGUUAUUGACACAUUAUCAAUAUGGCGGUAAUGUGGGAAACGAUGUGCUUCUCAAUGUAUAUUACGAAGUCAUUCCUGUAUGGUAAGAAUUUUUGUCAGGUUUAAACAAAAAUGAGCUUCAAGAUAAAAUCAUGGUUUGAGAUCAUUGAUAAAUGUCAAUCAUUUUGUAAUAUCAUGAUUUAUUAUAACUGAUAUCAAUCAGUAUUCUACCUACACCUAAAUUUAAUUUCUUAAAAAGAAUGCCAAGCUUACGGAAAAAAGUUGCUGGCUUUAUGCGGCAACUAUCUAUCAGUAACUUGGCUGGGGCUGUAGAAAAUAUAGGUCAAGGAGAACAAACUGUACGGAGUCCUAGAUCAUUAACACAAGAUUUUACAAGUGGUUGCUUUAUUACACGAUACCUUGAUGGUCUAGAAACAAAGCAAGAAGGACCAGCAAUCGUACAUGGUAGAAAUUCAGAAGAAUUGCCAAUUAGACAACUUGGAAAUUUUCAAGAAGACAAAGAAGUAUUUGCUGCGCAUACUGGUCCGGAUAAUGGAUUAGCAGCAGUUAAUCUGCAACAAAAACAUUUAAGUAUUAAUGAUAUUGAUAUAGAUUACAUUGAUACGUUAGAUCAAGGUGAACAAUAUAGAAACACAUCUACAAUAACAACGCCCACAAUUGCGGGUAUUACUAAUUGGUUUAACCCCCAUGAAAUGACAUAUGGAAUUGCUACUACAUUAUAUGAGAAAAACCCUACAAAUGAUACAAAUAAUGGGGAACCAAUUGCAGAUUGUUUUGGAAUUGUAACAAGGUCAAACUCUGCCAUUUUAGCACUUGCUGAUGGCGUUAAUUGGGGUACCAAAGCGAGUAUUGCAGCUAGAUCUGCAGUACAUGGAAGUAUGGAAUACUUGAAUAAAGCAUUUUUUAGUCCUUCAAUUAAUAAUGAAAUGACAACAACGAAAGAUGUUUUUAUAGCACUACUUCGUUCAUUCCAUGCUGCACAUUCGUUAAUUCUCCAAGAGCAAGGGAUGCUCACUACAUUAACCGUAUGUGCAGUCCUUCCACUGCCAAAUUCUGACUCUAAUACAGCUCAGAAAAAAUAUAUGGCUUGUACCUGUAAUGUUGGUGACAGUUUAGCUUAUGUAUAUUCAAGGAAAACUGGAGUCAGGGAAAUAACAAGAGGAUCUCAUGAUAUUCAUUGUAUGCGCGAUAUGCGUGAUGCUCUUGGAGCUUUAGGUCCUGUAGAUGGUUCCAAUCCUGAAUUAAAUAAUUUAACUCUUGCAAUGACUGAAGUUGAGAGUGGCGAUAUUGUAUUCUUGACUAGCGAUGGAAUUUCGGACAAUUUCGAUCCUGUGGUUGGAAAAUUUGCUGUUUUACCAUGCCAUAAUAAUGUACCUGAUUCAACUGUGAAAAACCAUACCGAAGGAAGAUCGAAAACGCGUCGAAAAUCUACAGAAAAUUUAAGACACUCGGAAUCCGGCAAUAGUAAUAGAAAUAAAUCCAAUUUGCCUGUAGUCGAGGCAUAUCAAAGACAUGAACUCACGCUUCUUAGGAUGGAAGAUUUGUUACGAAGAGGUGUAUCUGGAGAAGGACCACCGUGUAACAGUGCCAAACAUCUUUGCGAACUUCUAUUGGAUUUUGCAGUGCGCAUAACUGCUGCCAAAAGACGAAUAUUGGAAGAUACAGAUUUAUAUUAUGCACGAAGUAAAGAUGGCCAAUUAGUUCAACUUUCCAAACAAGAACAGAGAACUCGACGAAUAAAGACAUUGGAUAAGGUGUCCAUGAUUCCCGGAAAGUUAGAUCAUGCAACAGUUGUAGCAUAUGUAGUUGGAUCUUUUGAUUCAGAAUAUGGUUUAUAAUUAGCCAUAUAAUAUUAUUUACAGUUUUUAUUUUUAAGAAAUGUAGUAAAUUAAAUUGUUUUUAUAUAAAAUUUUUUUU